AAAACAUUACGUAGUUUACUGUCAAUCAAUUGGAGUCUUUUGGGUUUGGUUUGGUAAUUUUUGUAAUUGACCAUUUCCAAAGUGUAUUGGUAUUUUUUGUUAUUUUAUUUUAGUUAUUAAUUUUUGUAAAGAUUAAGUUUACGAUGACGGAGCAGCAAAUGGAUUGUGCUUUGGAUUUGAUGCGGAGGCUGCCGCCUCAGCAGAUUGAGAAGAAUUUAACAGAUUUAAUAGAUCUCGUGCCAAGUUUAUGUGAGGACCUUCUGUCUUCCGUGGAUCAGCCAUUAAAGAUUGCUAAAGACCGUAGCAACGGAAAGGAUUAUUUGCUCUGUGAUUACAACAGGGACGGUGACUCCUACAGGUCGCCGUGGUCGAACACAUACGACCCUCCUCUAGAGGAUGGCUCUAUGCCCUCAGAAAGACUAAGAAAGCUAGAAAUCGACGCUAAUCAUGCGUUCGACCAGUACCGAGAAAUGUAUUUUGAAGGUGGCGUCAGCUCAGUAUAUUUGUGGGACAUGGACCAUGGUUUUGCAGGAGUAAUAUUGAUAAAGAAAGCUGGAGACGGCUCACAGAAGAUCAAAGGUUGCUGGGACUCCAUACACGUCGUGGAGGUGGUUGAGAAGAGCUCCGGACGCAACGCUCAUUACAAGCUAACGUCCACUGCCAUGCUUUGGCUGCAGACCAACAAGGAGGGCAGCGGGACGAUGAACCUUGGUGGCAGUCUUACUAGACAGGCGGAGCAAGAUUCUGCGGUAAGCGACGUGACCCCGCACAUAGCCAACAUCGGCCGCAUGGUCGAAGACAUGGAAAAUAAAAUCAGAAAUACCCUCAAUGACAUUUAUUUCGGCAAAACCAAGGACAUAGUUAACGGGCUCCGGUCCGUGGUGCCGGCGGAGGUGGAGCGCCGCACGCAGGCGCUGCGCCACGACCUGGCCGUCGCGCUGCAGCGCCGGCACCAGGCCCGCGCCGACUGACUGCCCGCCGAGUGACUAUGUGUGAGGUGGAUACUGGGUGAAUUAAUAGUAGAUAUUAACAACGACGUUAGGACAAGCUCAAAAGUCUCCCGUAGCAGUUACAAUCUAAACUCUACAUUUCUCUUCUUAAUCUUUCUAGACUGCACAAGGUUACUGCUCGAAACUUGUUAGCUAUUAUCGUAAUUUGAUGCAUUGAAGUAAUAAGUUAACUAGAAUAUAAUGUAGGGUAGGUAUUUGAUUGUGUUGCCAAUGGGCAAGGAUAAAAAAAGCACCGAAACGAUACCGUUCCUACAAUGAUAUUCAGUGCAUAUUAAUCAUAAUUAUAAAGGGAAAUUGUAUGUUUGUGGGCUUUGAAAAAAUAUCUACAAUAGGCAUAUCCACACAGAAUGACCCGUCCGCGAAGAAAUUCCCUCGCGAAGCAGCUCGGUCUGUGGAGACGCAUUGCGAGUGUGUUUGCUUCGCGCGGCAAUUUCCUCGGAGGCAGUUCGUUCAGUGUGGACCCGCCUAUUCCGCCUAGUGAAAAAUGAUUAAGUACUUCCUCUGAGUUUACUCGCCGUAAUUUUACUUCCUCUGAUUGUGAAUGUCACUUUAAAGUACCAUGUUUUUAAAUUUAUCUUCGCUUGAUUCAGUAUUUUAUACUUGGAUCAUAACCAGUCAACUAUGCUUUAGGUAAGUACAAUCUAAUGUCGAAGAUGCACUACUCUCUUUUGCUUUCACUUAUAACUUGUAAUAAAAGCGAGUCUUUAAUAUAAUAAGCUGUAUGUCUUUAUAGUCUGUAACUUUAGUAUUAAAAAAAAGUAAAAACAAAUCUACCCUCAAAUUGCUUCUUAAGCCAGUUGAGGGUAGAUGAAAACAUUACAUGAUCAAAUAAAGUACGAGUAACGACCUGACUUUAUCCUUAAAGUCAGGUCGUUCAAUGACGGAUCGAGGCGGUUUUGUAUUUGGUCGGUUAACCAAUAAUUAUUAUAACUACCCGAAAAUGUACAAAUUGUUUGUUUACUUUUAUUUAAAUACCUUUAGGUAUAGCUAGUACAUAUAUUACAGAGUAUAGCUAGUAUUACAAGUUACAAAAUUUCAUGAAUCAUAUUAAAAACAUGGUAUUUUCGGAACGCUAAACUGAAAAGACCUUGUUUCUAUUAAUAAUGUCUUCAGAAUGUUCUAUUAAUAACAUAUUACUUCAAUGCUAUAUUAUAUUUAUAAAUAAAGAAAACUAGCAGCGGUGUUAGUUCAAUGCAACCAAAAUGGUGCUUUGAAAGAUAUUAGUCCAUAUUUCAAGAUGUAAUUCGUAAUAUAUGAAAAUAGUUAUUUAAAUAUACUGUAAAAAUCUAAAUUAAGAACACAAUGACUGUCGAGUUUAUGUUUUACAUGUAUAUAAUAAUUUGAUGUAAAUUAGUUAUGUAUUUAACUUCACCCAAUAUGAUCCAUCUCGAUUUACUUUGCAUUUUAUAGCUUAGUUUUUUUUAUUUAAAGCAGGAUGUUAGUUUGGAUGUAAAUUAUAUAAAACAAUAUUCAUUUCGCAUUUCAUAAUUGAAAUAACGCAUUUAAAAAUCAUUGAAUGAUUGUAAAGGUUCCGUCACACAGGCGCGUAUUCCGGGCGGGGCGUGAGCGUUUUAUAUGUAAAAGCGGUGUGCCCCGCUCACGCGCCGCCCGCAAAACGCGCCUGUGUGACGGAGCCUUAAGAUUUGUAAGUAUUUGUUCAAGUCCAGACUGACAUUCUAAUAUUAUUUUAUUCUUUGUAACUAUAAGAGAUUCAAUAUAUUAUUAUUGAAAUAAAAAUAUUAUUGUAACAAAUAACCAUUUCUUUUAUGUUGCGAUUUAAUACACUAAUUGUUAUCAUAUUGGCCUCUCUAAAUAAAACAAAUAUUUACUUGAAAA